CGCUUCUACUGCGGCGGCCGCCUCAUGCUGGCCGGCCACGGCGGCGUCUUCGCACUCACGCUGCUGCUCAUCCUCACCACCACCGUCCUCUUCUUCGUCUUCGACUGUCCCUUCCUGGCCCGCCAGCUGACCCUCGCCAUCCCCAUCAUCGCUGCCAUCCUCUUCUUCUUCGUCAUGAGCUGCCUGCUGCAGACAAGUUUCACCGACCCCGGGAUCCUACCCCGGGCCACCGUCUGUGAGGCAGCCGCCCUGGAGAAACAGAUCGACAACACAGGCAGUUCCACGUACCGGCCACCCCCUCGGACCCGGGAGGUGAUGAUCAACGGACAGGUGGUGAAAUUGAAGUACUGCUUCACCUGCAAGAUGUUUCGGCCACCCCGGACCUCACACUGCAGUGUCUGUGACAACUGUGUGGAGAGAUUUGACCAUCACUGCCCCUGGGUAGGCAAUUGUGUGGGGAGACGGAACUACCGCUUCUUCUACGCGUUUAUCCUCUCCCUCUCGUUCCUGACGGCCUUCAUCUUUGCCUGCGUGGUCACCCACCUGACGCUGCGCUCUCAGGGAAGCAACUUCCUCUCCACUCUGAAGGAGACACCAGCGAGCGUGCUGGAGUUGGUGAUCUGCUUUUUCUCCAUCUGGUCCAUCCUGGGCCUCUCAGGGUUUCACACUUACCUCGUCGCCUCCAACCUGACGACUAAUGAAGAUAUCAAAGGCUCGUGGUCCAACAAGAGAGGCGGUGAGGCCUCUGUCAACCCCUACAGCCAUAAAAGUGUUAUCACCAACUGCUGUGCUGUGCUCUGCGGCCCCCUACCUCCCAGCCUGAUUGACCGGAGGGGAUUUGUGCAGUCCGACACUGUGUUGCCAUCACCCAUCAGAAGCAAUGAGCCAGCCUGUGGAGCCAAGCCCGACGCCAGCAUGGUAGGAGGCCACCCCUGAACUGGGCUCAGUACUUGCCACCCGCUGGCCUGUCUGCCCCUCUGCACUCACCUGCCGCCCUCCACACCUGCCAGGACCCUCCCCAUUCCACUCGAGGGAAGCAGAGCCGCCAAAGACUUUCUGAGUCUUUUCGUAUUUAUUUCCUACCCCGCGUGGCUUUCCCCACACUGUGCCGUGGCUGUACCCUCUGCUCCCCAAACUGGGUUCCCAUGGCCUUCGGCCCUAGAUUCCCCCACCUGAUCAGUGGCAGGAGUGGCAGGAGGGAGGCCAGGGCCCCUGAGGUGCCCCGGGGGCCACGCCGAGUCUCUGCCGUGCCUGGGCGAGCUCUGUGUGAGUGAGGGUGUGGACUGUGUGUGACGCCUCCCAGGUGGGGAGCUGGUGGGCUCUGCUGAGCCGAGGUCUGGGGGGUGAAGCAGGACCAGGGAGCAGUGCACUCUGGACAGCAGGCCAUGGGAGAGCACGUCUCCUUGGGCUGCUUUGGUUUGUGGGCUCCUUCAUUCUUUUUGUGAUGACCGUUGUUCUUUCUUCCGUUUUUCUUUUUAUUUUUGUAUGGAGUUGGCCAAUAGGCUAGAGCUGGGGCUCCAGAUAGGGCAGAGUUGGGGUGGGUAGGGGGGAGCCUGUGUCAGAGGAAACCAGACCAGCCAGCCAGGCACCCAAGACCUCAGCUCCUGCAUAAUUCCUGGGCAGCACACUAGGAAGUGGGGGCCUUGUCCCCUCCCUGCCCAUGGAGGGUUUUCCAAGGGCCCAGCCUGGCCCCCCCACCUCUCCCAAGUCAGGUCUGGGGAUGGUCAGGUUAUAUUCAUGCUGGCAAUACUUGAAACGGGUUUAUUAAUGCUGGGUAUUUUGCACAAUUUUAUAGACCUCUUUUCUAUAUAGCAUUUUUUAAAUGGAAGAAGAAACAAGUCAGCCACAUUGCUAUCUGUGUAGUACCAGAUUAAGGAUUAUCAGAAGGCAACUUGCUUUUAAUAGGUUUAUUACAAGAGACCUUCUGGCUGUGAGUGAGUGAGUGUGUGUGUGUGAUCACGCGUGCCCUCGUAUGAAUGUGGCUGGCUCCCACUCCCCCACAUCCCCUGGGUUGCCCCACUCCUUGCCAUCCCUCUCGGGUGUAAGCCUGCGGUGGCAGCAGCAAAAGCAGCCUGAGCCAUAGGGACAGGGAAUGUGUGCAUUGGUAACAAGCGACCCCUGGGCUCCCUCUGCAAUUCAGCCCCAUCCUCCUAUUUUUCCCUCCUCCGCAGACUUCAGACAAACUGUGGCUGGGACUCAGCCACCCAGCCCCCAGGUCAGGCUUCCAGCUGGGACCUGCCCAGACAGGCUGAGGCCUGGUCAGGUGGAUGGGGUAGUGGCUGUGGGGAGUGUCUGCCAUCCUACACGCCACACCCCUUUCUCCAGCGUCUGAGUGUGAGGCCCAGCAUUGGCUAGAGCAUGGGAGCAUCGGAGGCCUCCCUCCGGAGAAUAGGAAGGAAGGAAGGAACAAGGUGGGCCAAGAGACAAGUGCAGGUUGGCUUAAAUCUAGGCCAGAAACUUAGAGGAUGUCCCUCUUCUGCUGGGAGCCAUAGUUUCUUGUCAAAAUAGAUAGAAAAUUGCCCCUCUGUCCCCUUUCUUGGCCCUUCAGGUGGGCUGAAGCCCUUGGAAAGUGACAUAGGAAGUCCCCGCAUCUUGUCUUUCCUUGCUCCAGAGGCUAGUGGGUCACAGGCAGAAGUGGCAGCCACAGAGGGUCCCCUCCAGGAGAAUGAGCUUCAUCCUAGCCUCAGGGCCCUGGGCCACGCUGCAGUGGCCUUGGGAGGUGGGGAGGAAGCUGGCUAGAGGAGGGGCUCCUACCUGCCUUUUAUUUAAGCCAGUAUCCUUUGUUCCUGCUUGUAAUAAAAUUUUUGUUUUUAAGAAUU